AUGACUUCAAGACCCCCAACAGAAAAUAGGCACUCGUGGUUCGAGCAUAUCACGGUUGCGGGAGAAACUAACGUCGACAUUGUUGCUGUCCCGCCAAUUGGCGCAUAUCAUAGGAAGACAUGGACAGCACAUGGUGCCAAAUCGUCUUGGUUAGACACGGAGCUGUUGCAACAUCUUCCUCGCGCCCGAGUCCUUUUCUACAACUAUGGCGAACUAAAUGAACACGACAAGAUCGACUCUCUAGGUCAACGCCUGCUGAACCAACUUCUGAGUGAGCGCAGACAUAGUAGUCCUCGGCGCCCAAUAUUUUUCAUCUGUCACAGCACCGGCGGCCUCGUCGUGAAAGCAGCCCUGGCUCUGGCAUCACGGGCCGAGCCGACUUCCCUGCUUACGAGCUGCCACGGCAUCGCCUUCUUUGCAACACCGCAUCAGGGAUCAACCUAUCUGUCUGCUGAUGAGUAUGCAGCAAGCAUCCGCCAUGUCUUACAUCUGGAACACGAAAGCCCCCAGGCUCUGAGGGAACAGUUUCGGCCGCGACAGGAACGACUAUGGCAUCUUUCUAACCAGUUUAAGACCCUCUCCGCUGACAUGAAGAUUUGGUCUUUCCUUGAGACGAUUGACUCGACAAUGCAUGUUAUUGACGCAGAGACAAACAGCAUUUUGGAGUUUCAUGUUCCCAUUACCUCGAUUCGGUCGGGAAUACUAGACAUCGAGCAUGAGAAAGAAGUACCCAUGGCAACAAACCAUGCAGGGACAGCAACUUUCCAUGGUCAAGAUUCAACCCGGGACAUAUUCUUGACCGAGCUCAAUGAAGCAGUCACCGUUGCAGUGAGAAUAUCAAAAGAAGACGAUACACCCUUGGGCGUUGAAAAGAAAGUAAUGGUCCAAAUCAACGGUUUCUUCGAGGACACCGCGCUGGGCGUCAGCGAGGAAAGUCCACUGAAGCUGUGGUCAACUAAAGUCUCAUUAGAGGACUACCUCGCUCGGGGACCAUCAGCAUGUCUCAGGGAAAGACUAGGUCGAGUCCAGCCCAGCGGCUUGGAUGAUUCCUCCAUCAGCAGUUUUGACAGCCCACGCUCCUCCUAUAUUUCUCCGGCGUCAGAUCAAACUGAGCAUCAUGAGCAUCAUGAAGGAUCACGUCCACUGCGCCCUCCUCUUCCGUAUAGUCAAAGUUUUGAAGAUGCUGCCCAUCCUUCGCCCCGGAUUCAUAUCACUGAAGCGGCCAUGGAUGGUUAUUUUGAUAGCCCACCUGCUGAAAGUCCACCGCCAAAUCGAAAACAAAAGAAUCCGAUCACGAAGGCCUUAGGUCUUAUUCCACUGAGGUCGCGUUCUCAUUCGCAUCGGCGGAGUGCCUCAGAUAGUAGUUCUCAAGGGCACAGUUCACGGCCUGCCUCGUAA